AAAACGAAAACGGUGUGAAUGAAAGCUGAAUGUUAUUGUUUGAAAACAGCCUUACUAUUACAUUAUUAUUAAAUUUAUUAUUAAUAAUAGAAUAAAGUAUGAAAUUGUUAACAAAAAUUUCUCAUUCGUUUUGUAAACGAUUAUUACACACCGAAUUGAAAACAGAUAAAACUAUUCAUUGGAUAAAACCAGAAGGAUUUAAAACAGACAUUAAUUUGUAUAAUUGUUUAUUAAAAUCUAAAUUUCCAUUAAUAUUAAAAAAUAAAAAUAUCGUGACAUGGUAUAUGUGUGGGCCGACUUUAUACGAUUCGGCUCACAUUGGACACGCUAGUACUUAUGUAAGAUGCGAUAUCAUUCGGAGAAUAAUGACGAAUUUUCAUAAUCUAGAUGUUAUUUUAAUAAUGGGAUUGACUGAUAUUGAUGAUAAAAUAAUAAAUCGUUCACAAACAAUUGAUCGAUCAUGGAAAGAUUUGACUUUAUUUUAUGAGGAAGAAUUUUUUCGUGAUAUGAAAUUGUUAAAUGUUACCAAACCUUAUAUGAGUUGCAGAGUAACUGAUCAUAUUGAUCAAAUUAUUAAAUUUAUAGAGAAUAUUUUUAAAAAAGAUGCGGCCUAUUUAGCUAAAGAUGGUUCCGUGUAUUUUGAUACAUUAAAAUUUGGUAACUAUGGAAAAUUAAGACAAUGUCAAGAAGAAAAUCAUGAUUCAAUUAAAAAAUCAUCAUUGGAUUUUAGUUUAUGGAAAGCAGCAAAGAAGAAUGAACCAUUUUGGAAGUCGCCCUGGGGAAAUGGAAGACCAGGUUGGCACAUUGAAUGUAGCGUAAUGGCUAGCGAGAUUUUCGGAAGUCAAAUUGAUAUUCACAGUGGUGGAAUAGAUUUGGCAUUCCCUCAUCAUGAGAAUGAAGAAGCUCAAUCUUGUUCUUAUCAUGGUACAGAGCAAUGGAUUAAUUAUUGGAUUCAUACGGGUCAUUUGUAUUCAAAAGGAGAUGUGAAAAUGUCAAAAAGUUUAAAAAAUACAAUUUCUAUUGAAAACUUUCUUAAAGAAAAUUCCGCUAAUGAAUUUAGAUUAUUGUGUUUAAUGACACACUACAGAAAAGAUCUCGAAUUUUCGGAAGAUUCAAUGCAAUUGGCAGUUUCUACACUUAAGAAAAUAGAAAAUUUUAUUAGCGAUUGUCGAAGCUAUGUAUCCGGAGAAUUGAACGGAGGCUGUAUUGAUGAGUCUUUUCUUUUGAGUAAUUUAAAUAAGACGAGAGAAACAAUUGAUGCUGCACUCGCUAACGAUUUUAACACACCGGAAGUUAUAAAUUCAAUUGUUAAUCUUAUCAAAAUUGGAAACAAAAUGCUGCAACAAACAUCGGAAGUUGCUCAAACAAGAAAUCCAACAGCUGUUGCAAUAGUUUCCAAUUAUUUAUCAACUAUACUUGCAAAAUUAGGUCUCGAAAAUUUUAAUACCACGGAAGAAAAUCAAUUCGCUUUAACGAAAAUUAUAGAAAAUUUUGUCGCUUUUCGUAAAUCAAUUAGAAAUAAAGCUUUGGAAGAUCCAAAAGAUAUAAAUACAUUAAAAAUGUGCGAUGAAGUUAGACAAAAUUUACUCUCCUGUGGAAUUCAAAUUAAGGAUCAAAGGGAUAUUUCAAGAUGGUCAUUUGUAAAGAAAUGAUAUAAUUAAAUUAUAAUUUAUACACUAA